AUGUGUCGAGAACGAACAAUUGAUGAUAGAAAUGUUGAUAAUACAGUUGAUGAAGAAAAUAACGAAUUAAUUCAACAAAUUCAUAAUGAAUUAAAUGAAUUAUUAUUAACAACAAUUAAUUUACAAGAAGAAAGUAAAAGACUUGAAAAUGAAGCAAAAAAUUUAAUUUAUGAAAAUAUUCAAAUGCAAAUUGAAGCUCGAUUAUUAAAAGAUAAAUAUUAUUAUCGAAGACGAUAUUCUUUUUUAAAACGUAAAAAAUCAUUUAAUUUUAAACAAUUAAAAAAACAAAUUAAAAUUCAAAGAAAAAAUUUUUUUAAAUUUGAACGUCGUUUAUGUGCCAAAUAUGAACAACCAUUAUAUAAUAUUAUAUCAAAUUCAAAAAAUAAUUUCGAACAACAACAACAACAAAGACAAUUUCGACGUAUACGAUCAAUAUCAACUGAAUCUAUUGAUUAG